CUCUACCCUAUAAUUAUGGAGCAGAACUGGUCUGUGAAGCUUUGGUUUGGCUUUUAUUGUACAGGCAGAAGUGCAAGAGAGCUCAGCAGGGAUGUUCGUGUGAAUGUCUACUGGGAUAUCGACUUUGCUCUUUGUAACAUUUGUAACAUGAGUGGGACCUAUGAAAAGAAGAUGGCCGUAUUAACCGACCUCAGCACCUCUAUGAGUUGCCAUUCUGUGUCUAAGGACUCGCCCACCCUACCGGAGUCAACCGCCACGGACAUGGGCUACUACAGUGGUCCUUUAGCUGGGGGUCAACAUGACUACUAUCAGAGUCAGGCAUAUUCUCAGUCGCUCAAUGCCUACGGCUAUCACCAUCACCCCCAAUUUACCAUGGGUGGGCUAGUAGGGGCAGAUGGCUUCAUGCCCAAGGAUGAUUACCAGUAUGGAGGUGGAUAUCGAUCUUAUGGACAUUUUCGGGAGGCCCCACCUCAGGAGCAAGCUGUGUCAAUAAAAGAAGAGCCGGAAACCGAGGUACGAAUGGUCAAUGGGAAACCCAAAAAGAUCCGGAAACCAAGAACCAUCUACUCUAGUUAUCAACUGGCUGCACUGCAGAGACGCUUUCAGAAGGCCCAGUACUUGGCGCUGCCGGAGAGGGCAGAAUUGGCGGCCCAGCUAGGGCUUACACAGACACAGGUGAAAAUCUGGUUCCAGAAUCGCAGAUCCAAGUUCAAAAAACUUUAUAAAAACGGCGAAGGACCAGGUUUGGAACACAGUCCUAAUAACAGCGACUUCAUGGCCUGCAAUUCACCGUCCUCUCCACCUAACUGGGAAAACAGCCGAAGCCGAACUCCCCAGCAACAAACUCUUCCUCACUGCUCGUCCCCGACCUAUAUUGAGAACUAUAAUCAAUGGUUUAACCAACAGAACCAACCAGGACCACAUCUACAGCCUCCUGAUGCCUUGCACCAACCGCCACCUAAUCCUGUGUAUUAAGUGACAUUGACUUAAGAUAACUUGAACGAGUUAUUGGAAACAAAAAAGCCCACAUCGCCCUAGUUGAAGGGAUUGCAUAGACUUUAUUUGAGCAAAAAGACUCUUAAUAUUUAAGUGGCAUUAAUAUAAGGCACCAGUUAUGGGACUUUUGUAUAUAAAAUUUGAAGGAUCAAUAUCCACCCAAGAAACCCAAUUUGACUCCCCCAAAAAUGCCAUCCUGAUGGACCUCAAAUGGAAUGGCCUAAUUAUGGAUAUCAAGGCAAUAACAAAUUCUCCACUGUUACCAAACCAGACCGGGUUCUUUCCAAGAUCAUUAAUGAUGCAUCAUCAUCAAGCCCGUAAUUUCGUCAAAACAAAUAGCACAGGACAUAUCUCCUCGCUGUAAAGUUAUUGGUCAUCAGCAAUUAUUUUCUUCAGAGAACUUUUGGUUGAAGAUCUACAAGAUCCUACGUAGCACAUAUAGGACGUGUAGUAUAGUUAAAUACCAUGCUACACCAAUCCAAAGACCAUAGAAGACCAACCGUAAACUUGGUUAUGAAUUCAACCAACGUCAACUUUUUCUACCAUAACGAUGCUCUUGGGAAAGGGUGGGGCUUUGUCAAAACAAAUAACUUUUAUGAAAAAAAUGUAAGAAAGAAGCGAUCUUCUUUUUUAAAAAAAAAAAUAUUUUGUUAAUCUUUUAUGAUCCGAGCUACUCCACUUGUCCUCGCAAUGUUUAAAGAAACUGCGCAGGAGGUUCUAACUUAUUUUUGUAAUAUUUUGGAAAAUGUUAUGAAUUGUGAGGGGGUGAGAAUAAUUUUUCAGAUUAGGAGGAGGGGGAUCUGAGGAAUGUUAUUGUGUGAAUGCAAAUUAAAAUAUUGUGUUUUUGCUGCUGAAGCAAAAGAUUUUAAAA